GUGCCCACAGAUCCAGCUGUGCUGGCAAAACUGAUACCACCCAGCACAAAGGGAUUGUGCUGAUAUCAGGGCAGUUGCUCCAGCAAAAAUGGCUUCUGUCCAUUCCAAACCUGUUACAACCUGACUGGAAUUGAAGCCAAUGACAUAUCAGCUUUGCUAAGGAUAGUGAACAAAAGGAUGUGAUGCAUCACAAUGGAAGCUGUCCCAUCCCCACUUCACUUCACUGGGACUAAUAACUGGAUUUAGCCCAUUGUAAGGAUGAUGCUGGACCCAGUAAGUCAUAAUACCUUCUUGCCCAAUACAAUGAUAUGUGAAUCCCUGAUGUCUUGGUCAGAAUUAUUUGGAUCAACUGAUGAAGACUACCUCCCAUUUGAUCACCAAACAGCCGGAUGCAAUUCUUCCUGGACAUCCAUUUACCCAGAGUAUUGGACAAGGCAUAACGUCUGUGAGUGGUUACAGUUUUGCUGUGAUCAAUACAAACUGGAUGCCAACUGCAUUUCCUUUUCCCACUUUAACAUAAAUGGACAACAACUGUGCUGCAUGACCCAAGAGGACUUUUUAAAUGCUGCAGGAAUCUGUGGAGAAUACCUGUUCUUCAUCCUGCAAAACAUCAAGGCUCAUGGCAUCUCCUUCUUUCAGGAUAAUGAAGACACAAAAUCAUCUGGUAAAGAUUAUAAUGAUAAAGCAUGUUUGAAGACUGGCAGUAUCAAGAGUCAAGAGUUUCAAAGUCACAGUAGAACAAGCCUGCAGAGCUCUCACUUAUGGGAAUUUGUAAGAGACCUCCUCCUUUCUCCUGAUGAGAACUGUGGUAUCCUUGAAUGGGAAGACAGAGAUCAAGGCAUCUUUCGAGUCAUUAAAUCAGACGCUCUGGCAAAAAUGUGGGGGCAAAGGAAAAAAAAUGAUAGAAUGACCUAUGAGAAACUGAGCAGAGCCCUUCGGUACUAUUAUAAAACUGGGAUCUUGGAACGAGUGGACAGGAGGUUAGUGUACAAGUUUGGGAAGAAUGCACACGGAUGGCAAGGCUGCAAGUUAUGAAAUACAGUUUGCUUCGGACUGAAUGUCCACUGG